AGAAGUUAUGCCAUUUCGAAGCAAGUAGGAGAAAAAGAAAAAAAGAACAAAUCUUGUGGGGGACUGCUCAUAAAAUAUUCUUUCUUAUCCCGCUCCUCUCUCGUCUAUAUAUUGGCUGUAAUCUCAAUGGUUCCCUUCAUUGUCAGAGUCGCAAAUCAAAGAGCUGAUCAGGAAAGAAAAAACCUUCAGAUUUUUUAGAUCCCAACAUGUCGAAGAAGAAGAAUCUCUCUUACACGAUAGUGGAGAUGAUAGUUCCCAUGGACUGUGCUGGUUGCGAAAGCAAGAUAAAGAAAGCUCUCCAGAAACUGGAUGGAGUGGGUGAAGUUGAUGUAGACAUUGGCAUGCAAAAGGUGACAGUGACGGGAUGGGUUGACCAGGAGAAAGUUUUGAAAACAGUGAGAAAGACAGGGCGGACGGCCGAGCUUUGGCCAUACUACCCUUACAACCCUGAAUACCAGAACUUCACCACCCAGUAUUACCAUCAACACCAUCGUCAGAGCCAACCGAAGACCUAUUACGCAUCAGAGUCCGAUUCUUCCUACAACAACUAUAUACAUGGCUAUAAUGGCCAAGAAUAUGGUAAUUAUCCACAGAUUCCUUACCCUAACGUCUAUGAUUCGAAGGCCACAACCAUGUUCAGCGAGGAAAACCCUCACGCUUGUUCUAUAAUGUAAUGGCAUAAAUAUUCCAGUGUGUUUUCGUUCUAUCCUCAUGGUUUUUGUAUAUUUUUAGACAAGGCCAGGAAAAGUCCCAAUUCGUACAUUUAAGUACUUGCAAUUUUUUCUUAGGGUAAGUACUUAAAGUUAAUAGGAUGUAAAAAUUUAUCAAAAGUCAAUGUAAUUAAGGAAGUGCCAAGUA